AUGUCUCAAAACAAGAGACAACUGACCGUGUCUGAUAUUUUAUUUGGAGCCUUAAAAAAGAGGCCCAGGCAGGAUGGUACACCUAUCGAACAAGAAAUCAUUUCGGAAGAUAAUACAAUUACGUCAGCAGAUGAGAUUUACGACCUUUCUUCAUCUCCAUUGAAAAUGGAACCAGUGAAACAUAUAAUACCUGUAACAAAAAAUAAGAAUAAUCAAUCUGUAACUAGUUUUCUGAUGCAAAAGAAAACUAUAAAUCCGGAGCCUGUAAUUAUAUCACAAGAUGAUGAAGAACUUCAUGAUCCAUUGCAUACUCUGAGGAACCCUAAGAAAUUAGAAGAUCCUCCAAAUUUCAAAAAAACUAAGCUUAAAGAUCUUUUCAAUAACUUUAAAAAAGAUGACCAUGCCCCUUCAAAUACUGAAAGAGAUGGAACCUAUAAUGUAAAUGGCCCGUUUACUAGGUUCCAUGAAAUAUCAAAGGCAACACAAGUUGAAACACCGUUACCAUUACUUCAGCUGAUUGAGCCGGAUGAAGCUGCGGAGUUGCAGUCGAAACCAGAUAUUUCGCUACCUAGAAGAAUUCAGUGUAACAGUUAUGACCAGAGCGUCAGUCCAGAGGACUUUAAAUCGUUAAACAAUUACGUCAGAACAUCUAAAUUAAGGACAAUCAAAUAUAUCACGAAAAAGAAUAAGCAUACAUCAUUAUGGACAGAAUUAUUCAAGCCUAAGCGAUUGAAUGAUGUGAUGUUGGAGACAGAUUUAAAAACAUCUAUAAAAGAUUGGUUAGUACAUGCUUUUGACAAACUUAAGAAAACUACCACUAGAAAUCAACUACUUAAAUCAUAUAAAUCUACCGAAAUGGUUGAUUUCAUAAUAGAUGAUGAGGCAAAUGAAUAUGAAGCUGUAGAGGAGUUCGUGCCUAUUUUAAUCUUGCAUGGCGAAGGAAUUGGUAAAGAAACUUUAUUUGAGACUAUACUCAAUUCAAUUGAUGGCCAAAUUUUUGAGAUCAGUGCCUCUGAAAAUAGAAGUAAAAAGGAUAUUAUGGAUAAACUAGCAGAAUACUCAACAAGCCAUUACGUGAAGGACCAUUUUUCGAAUGGAAUUAUAUUAAUGAGUCAUGUUGACGUGAUAUUCAAAGAGCAUGACAAAUUUUUUUGGCAGACAGUUGAGAGAACUUUACUGAAAUCAAGAAGACCCAUCGUUCUGACUUGUAGAGAUAUUAAUUACAUUCCUUCCAAUUUAAUUGAGAUUUGUCAGAAUCAGGCUAGUUUAUUUACAGCCAAAAAGGUGACUGUGAAAACGGUGGUUAAUUUUCUAAGGCGAUAUUGUACAUCCCUUGGAUUAGAGUUAGAGGAUGAUAUUUUAGAAGAAAUAGUAAGAGAUAGUGAUAGGGAUAUUAGAAAGUGCUUGAUGCAUUUGCAAUUUUGGUUUUCUUCACAAGAUCACCUUGUUCUUAGGGAGCCAAUUUAUGAGAAUAAUGAAGUUACAAGUUUACGAGAAUACUCCCACCUAGUUGACAUUAUGUCUUAUUCUGAUAUAAUAAAUGAAACUUCAUCAAGGAAUUCUUUGGUGAAGCAAGAAAUCGAUACAACCUUGAUGACGAGUGAAUCAAUCGAAGUUCUCAAACAAACCACUGACGACCAAUUGAGAUUGAAAAAAGAUUACAUGAUAGAUUAUCAAUAUUAUCUAGUUGACGAUGUUCAAAGACCUAUAUUGCCAUUUGAAAUCAAUAUUGGUGAAUACCUGCAGGAGACACUUUCACAUGGCUUUAGAUAUUUUCAAAACUUACCACCGAAUGAAUCCAUGCAAAAGUAUAAAAAAAUGACUUCUUCAGCCGUGCUGUACUUGAUGUCAAGAUUGAAAGUGAACAGUUACGACAAUAGUCAACCAAGAAGAAUAACUAGAAAUUCAAGAAUGCUGAGAGAAAUAUUGGAUAGAUUUGGGACUAGAAAGCGAAACGAGGAUAUCGAAGACGAUAUCGAAGACGAUAUGGAUGUUGAAUUUGAUUUGCGAUGA